AUGGCCUCACCAGAAGAACCAAAAUCUUGGUCUUCCUGUCCUUGGUCCUCUCUCCACUUCAGUACGCAUCUGGAGCGGUUCCAACAAACGAAACUCCGUAGAAUCCUUCGCAUCAGUUGGGAGGACCGCAUCACCAACAAUGGGGUCCUCUCUCGGGCAUCUCUUCCCAGCUACCAUCUUUCAACAUCGCCUCCGCUGGGCGGGCCACUGAUUUUUUUCUAUAUCUUUUGUUUCUCUCUCUCUCUCUCUCUCUCUCUCUCUCUCUCUCUCCCCUCCUUCUCUCUCUUUCCCUUCCCUUUUCAUUUCUUUUCUUUAUCUCCCCAUCUCUCUCCUCCUCUUUUGUUUCUUUCUCUCUCGCUUUCUUUAUCCCUCUCUUUCUUUCCCUUCCCCUCUCAUUUUCUUUCUCUCUUUCUUCUUUUCUCUCUUUUUCCCUUUCUCUCUCUUUCUCGCUACUCUCUCCCUCUUUAG